CCUCCUCUCUGGCAGAGGGCAGAGCUGCCAGGCGCAGUGCUCAGCAUGCCCGCCCCAGUGCAGGCUCCUCAGUUGCUGCUGCUGCUGUUCACCCUGCUGCCGGCCACAGGCUCAGACCCCGUAUUCUGCUUCACCCAGUAUGAGGAAGCCUCAGGCAAGUGCACGGGCCUCCUGGGGGGAGGCGUCAGUGUGAAAGAUUGCUGCCUCAACCCUACCUUCGCCUUCCAGAAGCCUGGCAGCAAUUUGUGCCAAGCGUGCAGGCUCCCACAAUGGUCAUCGUGGUCUGCGUGGGCCCCCUGCUCGGUGACCUGCACUCAGGGAUCCCAGUUACGGCACCGGCGCUGCAUAGGCUGGGGGGGGCAGUGCUCCGAGAAGGUGGAGCCCGGGACCCUCGAGUGGCAGCUGCAGGCCUGUGAGAACCAGCCUUGCUGUCCUGAGAUGGGUGGCUGGUCCAGCUGGGGGCCCUGGAUGCCUUGCUCUGUCACCUGUUCCAAAGGGACCCGAACCCGUCAGCGAACAUGUGAUCACCCCACCCCCAAGUGUGGGGGCCACUGCCCAGGAAAGUCACAGGAGUCAGAACCCUGCGACACAGAGCAGGUCUGCCCUAUACACGGGGCCUGGGCUGCCUGGGGCCCCUGGGGCCCCUGCUCAGGUUCCUGCCACGGUGGACCCAGACAACCUGUGCAGAGACGAAGCCGCACGUGUUCUGCACCUGAGCCCUCCAAGGAGCCUCCUGGAAAGCCCUGCCCAGGGCCAGAAAAUGAACAGCAGGCGUGCCCCGGCUUGCCACCCUGCCCAGUGGCUGGUGGCUGGGGACCAUGGAGCCCUGUGAGCCCCUGCCCUGUGACCUGUGGCCUGGGCCAGAUCCUGGAAAAACGGACAUGUGAUCAUCCUGAGCCCCAACACGGGGGCCCCUUCUGUGCUGGUGAUGCCGUCCGGACCCUCAUCUGCAACACGGCUGAGCCCUGCCCUGUGAAUGGGGAGUGGGGGCCCUGGGGACAGUGGAGCACCUGCACCCGUCGGAACAUAAAAACCAUCAGCUGUGAGGCAAUCCCGGGCCAGCAGACACGCUCUCGGAGCUGCAAAGGCCGCAAGUUUGACGGACAGCGGUGUGUCGGGGAACAACAAGACAUCCGUCACUGCUAUAAUAUCCAGCGCUGCCCCUGGAAAGGCUCGUGGUCAGAGUGGAGUACCUGGGGGCUGUGCAUGCCCCCCUGUAAACCCAACCCCGUACAAACCCGCCAGCGCCUCUGCACGGCCCCACUCCCCAAGUUCCCGCCCACCAUUACCGUGGUCGAAGGUCAGGGUGAGAAGAAUGUGACCUUCUGGGGGAGACCAUCAACACUGUGUGAGGCGCUGCAGGGUCAGAGGGCGCUGGUGGAGGAGAAACGGCCAUGUCUACACGUGCCUGAAUGCAUAGACCCUGAGGAUGAGACGCUCUAACACCUCUCUCUCCCACUCUGACCGCCCCCCACCCGACCUCCCAAAUUUCAAUAAAUAGGUCUCUUUCCGUCUUC